CGUCAACGACAUGCGACGAUCUUAGCUUGACUGGAUGCUUGGCAACGCUCUGUCGUCUGUGUUUAUAAGCCGUUCAGUCUGAUUAACGAUCACAGAUUAAUCAUGUUAAACACCGCUUUAAGCUCAUUCGGUGCUCAGGUUGUGUUAGCAGCGUCCAGCGAUGAGAAUCAUCUACCAGAAAACAUGAUUGAUGGAAAUACAGAGACGUUCUGGAUGUCGACCGGGAUGUUUCCACAAGAGUUCAUUAUCCGUUUCCCAGAUAACAUGAAAAUAUCAGUGAUAUCCGUACACAGUUUUAACGUAAAACGUUUAAGGAUAGAAAAAAGCACACAAGCAGAAGCUGAGAAAUUUGAGGUCAUGACAGAGAAAGAGCUUGAACAAACAGAGGGAAGUCUACAAACAAAUGAAAUAUCACUGGAUGGCUCGAAUGUGACACAUCUGAGGUUUCUCAUCCUGUCUGGAUAUGAUCAUUUUGUCUCAGUGCACAAAGUGGGGAUACAGGCAUAAGAAUAAAUUUCACUCAGGACUUGUAAAGUAUUUUAUAUUAUGUACAGCAAUCACUUGUCUAAAUAAAAACAAUCUCUCUA